AUGCAGUCAAUACGGCGGAGCUGCCAAUUGGCACUCCAGAAUCCGCGAUAUGCUUGUAUAUAUGCCAAUGGCUCGAGACGGGCCUUCUCACAGAGUCCCACCCACUCAAGAGGCGCCCUCCCAAACUUUCUCCCGCCCUCUUCUCCUGAGCUCUCUACCCUCCUAUCGACCUUCAAUUCAAAGGUUCUGCUCCCAUAUCAUCUGACAAAAGAGCAACAAAAACUCGUCUACUCUCAAGAGUCCCGCCCCAAACUCGAAGCCGAGCCUGUGGAGAUUACCCUGGGAGAUGUCACUCUUCCCCUCGAGCACCUGGACCGUAACAAGCUACCCGAUCGCUGGCAGACACUCCGUGGUGUAGUGGAGAAGAGCGAAACGCAGGAAGACUGGGAAAAUGUACUUCGAUGUCUCGAGGGAUUCGUGGAAGCGGGAAUCAGGACCAGGCCCCGAUGGCAGGAAAUGAUUAUCAGGAAACUGGCUCUGGCCGAUAUGCACCAUCUGAUCUUGAAGGCGCUGCAGAGACCAAAGGCAACAGGGAUCCGUCUGAGCAACCGGGGUGUGUUGACCCAAGUCUUGAGAAGUGUGCACAGCAGGGCUGCAAUAGUCGACUGGGACCAGGAAGAGACGACAAAGGCGCUCAAGAUGGCGAAGCAGGUUGUGGAGCUCAUGGAGCAUAAGGAUCAUUGCGGCAAUAAACCCGUGGCUAUGACGGAGCAGGAUGGCGACUGGAGGGGGCACCCUGUCGUUGUUGCGCUACCCACUGAACUGGCUGCUAUUGUUGCUGAGAAGUACGGCGGGGGCAAAGAUGAGGUUAAGAAGAUGGCAACCCGCUUGGUCGCUGCAAUCAAACAGACUGAUUUCGUUACAUCACUCAAUGGCCUCUUGGAAAGCUCAGCAAAAACCUCUGCCGACUUCCCGGAUGUUAAAUCGCACCUCGACUUCGUCACUAAACAUUGCCAUGAUUUGUUCGAACUUGUCAUUGUUUGGAACGCGCUCAAGACCUCUCGUAAGGUGCUUGGAAGUGACAUGCCCAUGGCGAACGAGGCGCAGCAAUUCGAGGCAAAGGUUGAGCAAGUCCUGAAGCAAUCAGUAGAUAAACUUGAUGCUCUUGCAUCGCGCAAUGGAACGGUGCUAAAGACACAGUACCUAGACAUGGUAAAGGAGGCGGUUGAGGAGUGCAGUUAG